CACAGUACUAGGUAACCACUCAUUCACCAUUUUUACAGGGCUUGGUUAUGCUGUGCACAAUCGAAGUAUUUUUUGUUUCGUCCCGUUUGACUAGCACAGUGACAUGCUUGGAUACUAGCCUUCAUUACUAUCCGCGAAGGUGAAAGUGGCCAUGCCUCAAGAACUUCAUGGCAUCAUCAGGAACUAAGCAGCCACCAUGAAAGACCAUUGGCUUGAGUGCAAGGUUUGCAGCCCUGGAUCCCUUAAGGCUACUCAACUGUGUUCCUUCAAGUCUUUCAGGAGAAAGGUUAUACUCCAUAUGGGAAAGCUUCCAGAGGUAAGCUCAAGUUGUGCAGGCCAAUUGUAACAAAGUGUCUAAAACCCUUGCAACCAUGGAAAGAGACCUGAGUACUUACCAGGGCUCGCUUGACUUAAAGCGAAAGGCCGAAGAGAAGCUGCUUUUGGAAGGUCCCACAGUAGUGCAAAAUAUUGACCCUUCAUACUACCGCAAGAAGUCGGCAGAGUCUGGCUUUGAUGAGGAUGAAUCGAGGUUGGAUGAAGAGUUGAAGAAGGCAGCCAGCAAACUACCCAAGAAAAGGAAGUUUGACUUCGACUUUGGUGAUGCAGAUGCUGUGUUUGCUGGGAGAAACAGCAGCAGCACAGCAGAACCCGUGCCUGGUGUAGAUCUCCGUGAUUGGAAAGGUCACAGAGUUUUAGUGCGGCUCAAUGACUUGUAUGUGCCAGCUGUGAUUAAGGAUGUUGCCAGUGACCGUGAUGUGGUAGUUCAACUAGACAGCAACCAGCAUCCAUUGUUUCGUGUUUGCGAUGUGUUUGACACAGCCCGGCUUGAUGUGAUAGGUGACCACAGUCCCUCACCAGGCCAGUUGACUAUUGGUAUCCAGUUGUGUGUACGUGUGGAAGACAAUGUGUACGCAGAAGGUGUUGUGGAAGAAAUCCGGUCACGCCCCCCUGUUCAGUACUUUGUGCGCUUCAUCAAGAGGCCCAGUGGUGGGCCGCAUGACGGCGUGUGGGUGACACGUGCGGGCUUGCGACUCAGGCAACCUCCCUGGUGGGAGGACAUGGAACUAGCCUCGUCUGUGUCAUCAUCUCCCAUGUUUCAGCGAGAGCCAGUGCCUCUUCUCACGCCACAUCUAGUUGAACCCAACAUGUCAUCUCUUCCACCACAGCAGCCCAUAAUUCAGCCACACGGCGUGUCAGUCAUCACAGAUGGCAUCCACAGGACCAUGCCAAUCAAUCUGGCAGGUAACCUCGAGAUGGACAGAGCACUUGAUUCGGUGGGUGCACCAAGAGCUCGUAAACUGACAGUGGGAAGCUCUCCUACCGCUGUUGGAGACGAAGACUCCUCGGAUGACGACCUCAAGACGGGGCGCAUUGAGUUCGACCCCAAUCCCAGCCCGUCACGCCUCGGCUUUUGUCCAGAUAACCUUACACCUCGUUCCCGACUGGCCACAUCAUCUUCGACAGAGAUGCGUGUGUUAACUCCACGUUCCCCUGCUGCACAGCAGAAAUACAAAAAAGGAGACAUUGUGUCCACCCCCAAUGGCAUACGGAAGAAAUUCAAUGGCAAGCAGUGGAGACGUCUCUGCUCCAAGGAAGGAUGCACCAAGGAGUCACAGCGACGUGGCUACUGCUCACGCCACCUCUCUCUCAAGGGCAAGUCCGGUACAGCCAUGCGCAAAGGCAGUGCACCAGCAGCAACGUCAUCGAGUCAGCAGCCCCCUUUCCCCGCUAAUGCAAUGCGCGCAGGCACUGGGAGGGAGUGGGAGGAGUCGUCACGUGAAAGCAUCAGCGGCAGCCCUGGUGACAGGGCAAGCAGAGUGCAAGGCCGUUUUGAUAUAGACGAGACUGAGGCUGCAAACAUGCUGGUUUCACUCGGAAACUCGCGGUCAGCCACGCCGUCAUCCUCGGCAAGUCCACCAGGCAGACCCGAGCUAUUUGCGCCUAUCCACCAUGCCGCUUGGCCCCCCGAUACCCAUUCCCCAGAGAGUGUCUUCCGGCCAACCACAGUGGUUGUGCACAGGCCAAGGGUGGUGAAGACCUCGGAGCCCGUCUCGGUGAUUCAGCACUCCCUGCCUCCUGAGAAGCUGAUUGGCGAGCCUCAGACCACUGCAGCCCAGAUGGUUUUGCUCCAGCAGGCACUACAGCAAGGCCGUAACUCCUUAAGUGAAGCGCUGCCUACAUACAGUGCGAUACAGGUGGCACCACCUAAGGACGUGCAUUCUGGUGUGAACGGGCAGGUGGCAGUUGUCUUACAGACACCACAACAACAGCAGCAGCAGCAGCACCCAAGUCCAGCUCACCUCCUGCCUGUCAUGCCUGUCGUAACCUCCAAUGGAGAAGCACAAAAGGAUGAACGUGCCUUAGAUUCAUCUGGAAGUGGCUGGCCUGAUGGCAAGCCCAUUCCAGUCUUUCCAUGGCAUUCGCUGGUUCCAUUUUUAAACACCACCCACCCGUCGCCACCCAGCAGUGCACCGCCCACAGUGACUACUGCUCCUGUGUUACCGGACGACGCUCAGCAAUCUAGCAUUGUAAACGACCAGGAGGAAGGCGACGACGAUGUGUUCGACAGCACAGAUUCACCCACAACGAUUGUUGUGCCAUCUGCUAAGCGGAGAACACAAUCACUGGGUGCACUCCCGAAAGAUGAGCCCAAAAGCCCACGCAAGGUCAAGGAGAAGGAACACAUCAGACGGCCAAUGAAUGCAUUCAUGAUCUUCAGCAAGCGGCAUAGAGCACUGGUGCACAAGCGGCACCCUAACCAAGACAACCGCACUGUCAGCAAGAUAUUGGGCGAGUGGUGGUAUGCACUGAACCCAUCAGAGAAGCAGCAGUACCAUGACCUUGCCUUCAAGGUGAAAGAGGCACACUUCAAGGCGCACCCCGACUGGAAGUGGUGCAGCCGGGAUCGCAAGAAGUCCAGCUCUGGAUCACAGUGCAAGGAUGCCACACGCAAGUGCCUCAGCACCUCGGAUGACCUGGGUGCCCACUUGGCUUCUGGGGACAGCAAUGACCGCCAAGAUACUGAUAAUGUCAAGGACGAGAGCACUGGCUCUAAAAAUGGAGAAAGUGGUGAUAGUCUUGCUGUUGCGCUUCCCUGGACUGAAAACACUUCCGAGUCUUCUAUGGGCAAUGUUGGCCCUGGAAACAAUGACAAAGAUGAGGACGCAUCCAGUGAUGAUGAACGGAUGAUAAUCUGUGAAGACGAGGGUGACGGCGAGCCAGUUAUCGACCUCCAGUGUAAAGAACGAGUGGUAGAGAGUGAUUCAGAAGGUGGUGCCUCAGAUGCUUCACCUCCACGGUCACCUGUUGGGGCUGGGCCACCAUUGGCUGAGGGCACCCAUAGGCCGACACCCAUCAUGAGGGAGCCUAUGCCGUUGUUGGAGGCUGCGCCGCUGGGCGCACCACGGCCUCUUGGCGCUGCAGCCACAGCCUUUCACCCUACAGGCGCCGUCUUCAAGGGUGUGCAAUCUCCAAGUAAACGCAACUCGGCCCCAGAAGAGAGGCAGCGUGAAUCUGUUUCUCCACUGCGUCCAAUUGCGUCCAAGCCUCCUGCAGGCAUGGAAACCAUGCGACAUGCAUUGCUGGUUCCACCCGCCUCCACAGCGCAGUACGCCAUUCUAAGCCCACCAUUGAGCCGGGCCGAGGGUGGCGCUGAUCUGACGGGGCUUGUUCUGAGGGGCCCGUCCUUCAGCCCAAGCCCACCCAAAGGGCCCAGCAACGUUUUGAGGCCCGUGCAGUUGCCUACUGCUGCCGCCACACAAGUCCAAUACCUGCUUCCUUCUUUUACCGUCCAGCCUGGAUCCGUAGGGCUCAAAGGAGUGCUGCAAAUGAUACCAUCUGGAAGUAUCCAACUUGGCACACCCAACACAACAACUGUUGGCAAAGUCCUGGCAUCGCCACCAGUAGUUGUGUCGUCACCACAUAGUCCAUCGCUGCAAAGUGUCAUCGUGGAUGCUGCUAGCACACUGCAGCCCCCACAGAUACAGCUGACCCCUGCUGAGCCGUCAUCCUCGCCACGUAUGCUGGCCUCUCCGAGCUCGGCCCAGUGCCUCCUCCUGCCUGAAAGGUGCAACAGUUCACCAUCUGCUUCUCCUAAUCCUCCAAAGAUCCGCUGUCUCAUUCCAUCCAAAGAUGGUCGGGGCUCCCCACUGGCCAUGCUAACCCCUCCCUCUGCUGCAACCACGCCACUCGGCUUCAACAAAGCACUGGCUUCCUCGGGAGGCACUCCCCCAACCAGCUCACCGCUUGCUUCUUCGCCAGCGCGAUCUCGCGUCUCACCAUUUUUCACGGGUGUUCUGUCCAUGAAGUCUGGGAACUUGACGCCCACCGAGCCAAAACUAGACUCGAGUCCCCGAUCUCAUCGUGGUUCCAAAGCUCUGGUCGCAUCACCAGCUACGCCCGGCGCAGAAGCUCGGAUGCCCACAACUGAAAACCUGACAGACACAGAUGCAAAGGCACUCAGUAGUGGGCUUUCAUCAGACAAGUUGCUCAAGACAAGCAAGACCAAGAAGCUUUCGGAGACCAGUGAUGGGAUGCAUACAGCCAGCCCCCGUGAAGGUCCUCCCACUGGCUCCAGCUUGCUCCGACCCAGCUUGGAGGAGCAGCAGUGGCGGCUACCCAAGGUGCCGCUUGAGCCGAUUUACUCUGCCCCCACUUCGUCCUUGGCGCUCGAAGCAGCAGCUGCGCAAGAAGGGAGUCCGAAGCAGCAGCCGUUCGUGCUCGCGCCAACACCCGCGCAGCUGGGACGUGCACCGGGUCAGCUGCACCAGCGGAAGAACAGCGGUGCCGCGUCAUCCUCUCAGUCCUCCGAGCCGUCCGAGACGCUGCCCUGCCUUACAGAUCUCAGUGACAACGCUAGUCAGCCACCACCCCGCACCCCUCAGCCACCGCACCCACCAAUGGUGAACACCGUGGCUGAAGAGUGCACUGUCGUCAACAGGGAAGAAAGUGUUGCACCCAGGGAAGACGGUGCCACAGCAGCAAAGGACAGUCAGUCGGAGCAGCAGCAACAGCCCGCAAAGGAACCUCUGCUACCACCUCCUGUGGCCAGUCCAGCUCCGCCUUCCAAGGAGACGAAGAAGUCUGUGCUCAAGCGAACUGUCAACGAUGGAAUGGACAAAGUGCUGGAAGAAGUGAACUUCAAGGCCCAAUUCGCCAAGCUGCCAGAGUACAAGCCAGAGGAAUCCCCCUCUGGAGCAGCGUCUCUGCCUUCAUCGCCAUUUGUGCAAACGUACAGGAAGCGCCCAAAACCUUCAGAUGCGGCUGAAGACAGCGGUGAUCCAAAUGCAUCCAAGUGCGCCAGCGGGUCAUCUCCAGUGAGCACACCCCGCACACCCCAAACUGCUGGCCCAAAGCUGGAAGGCACAAAGUUCUUCGGACCCAGCUUCAACCUCGAUGCACUGGCCGACACUCGGAAUGACGCAUCGGAUGGUGAUGUAGGCUCUCCACGAACACCCAAGACUCCAGCAGAAGGUGAGAAGAGCCAGUCUUCAUUACGGCGUACACUGGAGCAACGGCGACAACUCGUCAUGCAACUUUUCACCGAGGAAGGCUGGUUCCCGUCGGCGCAAGCUACAGCUGCCUUUCAGCAGCGGCAUCGGGACGUGUUCAGCAACAAAAACACACUUCAGCUCAAGAUACGUGAGGUACGUCAGAAGCUCAUGGCUCAGAACAACCAGGCCAACAUUGCCACCACACCGAGUGCUCACGACACUACCACCAUUGCUGAGGCAGCUCCGGCCAAGUCGGAAACGCCAAAUGCCCCGGAACCCCAGACACCGCGGACGGGGACAUGAAGGAUGCACACAAACCGAAGGCUGUCGAGCAACGGUGUGGGGCUGGGGAUGUUGUUGGGCAAAUUGUGUGGGAUGUCUGGUUCCUUGGGGCUCAAUUUUAUUUUGUUUUUAUUGACCAAGCAGCAUGGGCUCUGAAACCGGAAGCAGCCUUGGGUCAUGUGUUCAUGGAGCAAGGUUUUUAUUUUUGCUGGUUUUUAAAAGUUCCAAGAAGCAUUGUCUCCCCGAGGGAAUUGUGUGGACGGCCCCAGCGCCACUUCUAUUACGGUGUCUGAUGUUUAAAGGCCUGUUUUGCAUCCUAUUGUCAGAUACGCAGCGAACUGGUACCUAGAUCGUCAUGCACUUUGUGCAGGCCGUUACUGUGGUCUCCGUGUUGUGGAAGGGGCUUGCGGACUUGGGAUAUCGACGCUCUCUGCUUGUGGACAUUGUUGACCAACAGCAUACACAAAUCAUUGUAGGGUAUCGACCUUCCAUGGAUGCCCGUUUCAACACUUGUCUUGUGUUCGGCUGCGCACAUACAGUUGUGUUGCACCUGUGAUGUGUACGAGACUGUGUUCUUCGAUGGUUCUCGAGGUCUGUGUCACACAAAUCUAAGGAUCUGAAAGGCCCUGUAGCAUGGUUUGUUUGGAUUGUUGAAAGGAUAGGCAGGUAGGACUGCUCUGUGUCCAUGUAAUAUGCGCACAUGGUGUCUUUCGUAGUUUUUUUCUUUCUCCAUUUGCUUUGUUUCAUCACAACGUUACUGGUGUUGUUGAUGGAAACAAGUGGUGUGACUUGUUGACUUGCACCAUGUGUUGUUGCUAGUAUUUGGACAAUGCAGGGCAGUACAGUUUCAUGCUGUUGACCUUCAGAACUUUUAAGCAGCGCUGCUUUUUAUUAUCAUUUUCUUUUAGCAGAUGAGCCAGGCGAUUGGAUGCCGUUGUAAACUAUGUUCCCAAAUCUGCUAUGAAGUUUGCAUUAUUGGCCAGGCUUUGUGCCUCCUGUGCAUAUGAGGACUAGAUACAGAUAUGUGGGCUUAAUAUAAAUUUUUAUUAUGUGGUGAUUUCAACUAGAAGUAUGAAAAUAAUACAAACUUGCAGUCAGUACAGUGAAGCCGCAUUUCACAUAGGGUAUCUUUGUUUUAAAGAACAGAGGACACCAACCAUACUUAGUGAAAAGCAACAAA